AUGUCUUCACUUGUAACAACCUCCACAAUCCCCUCAGCCACGGCACAAACUUAUAGCCUGAAGCCUUCAACCACCACUCCAACCCCAUCCAGUCCUGCUGGAAUAUUCACACCUGAGAAGAUCACAACUUUGGCAACAGAGGCAACCUCCGCGACCACCACGUCCAGCACUGAGACCACCACUGUUUCCAUCACCACAAGGUCAGAAGUCUCCA